GAUGAAGAAGAAGACGAAGAAGACAUCAACCGGAACACUACUAACUUCAUUUCCUUUAUAUUCUUGUGCUUGAUUUCUGGUGCAACACGAGUAAAGGAAAUAUAUUUUGUAAACUUUGAAAUACGGUUGUUUAUUUAAAACAACAACUAGAAGUUUGACGUCGGAAAAAAAAUGUCUCACACAAUUCUACUUGUCCAGCCAACAAAGAGACCCGAGGGCCGCACGUAUGCGGACUACGAGUCGGUCAAUGAGUGUAUGGAAGGUGUGUGCAAGAUGUACGAGGAACAUUUAAAGAGGAUGAACCCAAACAGUCCGUCCAUCACUUAUGAUAUCAGUCAGUUGUUUGACUUUAUUGAUGACCUGGCAGAUUUGAGCUGUCUUGUGUACAGAGCUGACACCCAGACAUACCAGCCAUACAACAAGGACUGGAUUAAAGAGAAGAUCUAUGUGCUCCUGCGGCGUCAGGCACAACAGGCUGGGAAGUAAAUGCCAGGAGUUUGCCCUGCAGUUCAAAUCUAGGAGAAGUUUGCUGUGCAUAAAGAAAUUGAUACUUAAUUAAAAUAUAUAAUUGAGUGGGGGUUGGGUGGGGCAUACAUUUGAUAUUCGCAAAGUGGAGCCUCAUUUUCAAGGACAGAAAUGCUCCAUGAGACCGAUAUUUUUUGUUUUUUUGUUGUCAGAUACUGAUUUCUUUUAAAUAUGUGGUCUGUUUAUAUGAGCACUAUUUGACAUGUUUUUAUACCUGUAGAAUAGGCUGCUGUGGACAGAGGGGUGUUUAUUUGAAUGUGGCUGCAUAGGUUUCUUUUGAAUGUCAAGCGAAGCAAAGUUACAUUUUGUAGCCUGUUACUAUUCCACCCUUUUUUUUCCCCGAUUUUUUUUUUUCAGCAUAUAUUUACUUUGCUUCUGUUUUGUGUUUCUAAAUAAAAUAUUGUUUUCAUUCUGA